GGGUGGAUCACUUGGAGCCAGGAGUUCAAGACCAGCCUGGCCAACAUGUUGAAACCCCAUCUCUACUAAAAAUACAAAAAUUAGCUGAGUGUGGUGGUGCGCACCUGUAAUCCCAGUUACUUGGGAGGCUGAGACAUGAGAAUCACUUGAACCUGGGAGGUGGAGGUUGCAGUGAGCCGAGAUCGAACCAUUGCACUCCAGCCUGGGCAACAGAGCAAGACUCUGUCUCAAGAAGAAAAAAAAAAGAAAAAGAAAAAGAAAAAACUUUUGAUGCCAAUAGUUCUGUGAAGACAACAAAAAAGCAGGGCUUUGAGAGAGAGCAAUGAGGGCAUGGGUGGCUGAUUACAUCAGAUGAGUUAAUCUCCAAGUGAAAUUUGGGGGAAUGGUGUUCCAGGCAUAGGGAAUAGCAGAUGUAAAGGCCGUGAUUUGGGAAUAAACUGGGUGUGAUGGAGGAAUGGCAGAGAGGGCAGAACAGAGCAAGAGGGCAAGAUUUGUAGGAGAUGAGGUCAUCAGGGGCCUGGCAGGCCAUGGUGGGGGUGUGGAUUCUAUUUUUAAGUGCUGUGGAAAGUCAAGGCAGGGUUUUAGCAGAGCAAAGAUGCAACCUGGCUUGGGCUUUAUAAAGCUCCCUCUGGCUGCAUGGAGAGAAAUAAAAUGUAGGCAGCAAAAGUGGAAGAGGAGAGGCAGCUGGUGCAUUAAUCCAGGUCAGCAAUCUGAAGAUGGUCUUACGGAGCCUAGUAGAGUACUCCCAGGAUGUCCUGGCGCAUCCUGUGUCAGAAGAGCAUCUCCCAGAUGUGAGCCUCAUUGGAGAGUUCUCAGACCCGGCAGAGCUCGGCAAGCUGCUUCAGCUGGUGCUGGGCUGUGCCAUCAGUUGCGAGAAAAAGCAGGACCACAUCCAGAGAAUCAUGACGCUGGAAGAAUCGGUUCAGCAUGUGGUGAUGGAAGCCAUCCAGGAGCUCAUGACCAAAGACACUCCUGACUCCCUGUCACCAGAGACAUAUGGCAACUUUGACAGCCAGUCCCGCAGGUACUAUUUCCUAAGUGAGGAGGCUGAGGAGGGGGACGAAUUACAGCAGCGCUGUCUGGAUCUGGAGCGGCAGCUGAUGCUCCUGUCAGAGGAGAAGCAGAGCCUGGCGCAAGAGAAUGCAGUGCUGCGGGAGCGGGUGGGCCGGCCUGAAGGCGAGGGUACCCCAGGUCUCACUGCCAAGAAGCUGCUGCUGCUGCAAUCCCAGCUGGAGCAGUUGCAGGAGGAGAACUUCAGGCUGGAGAGUGGCAGGGAGGAUGAGCGCCUGCGCUGUGCAGAGCUGGAGAGGGAGGUUGCGGAGCUGCAGCACCGGAACCAGGCGCUGACCAGCCUGGCCCAGGAGGCACAGGCCCUGAAGGAUGAGAUGGAUGAACUACGGCAGUCCUCGGAGCGUGCUGGGCAGCUGGAGGCCACGCUGACCAGUUGCCGACGCCGAUUGGGCGAGCUGAGGGAGCUGCGGCGGCAGGUGCGGCAGCUGGAGGAACGCAACGCCGGCCACGCCGAGCGCACGCGGCAGCUGGAGGAUGAGCUGCGCCGAGCCGGCUCCCUGCGCGCCCAGCUGGAGGCGCAGCGGCGGCAGGUGCAGGAACUGCAGGGCCAGCGGCAGGAGGAGGCCAUGAAGGCCGAGAAAUGGCUAUUUGAAUGCCGCAACCUGGAGGAAAAGUAUGAGUCGGUGACAAAGGAGAAGGAGCGGCUGUUGGCGGAGCGGGACUCCUUGCGGGAGGCCAAUGAGGAGCUGUGCUGCGCCCAGCUGCAGCCGCGGGGGUUGACCCAGGCCGAUCCCUCACUGGAUCCCACCUCCCCACCCGUGGAUAACUUAGCCGCGGAGAUCCUGCCUGCGGAGCUCAGGGAGACGCUCCUGCGGCUUCAGCUGGAGAACAAGCGGCUGUGCCGGCAGGAGGCGGCCGACCGGGAGCGGCAGGAGGAGCUGCAGCGCCACCUGGAGGAGGCCAACCGCGCGCGCCACGGGUUGGAGACGCAGCACCGGCUGAACCAGGAGCAGCUAUCCGAGCUGCGGGCCCAGGUGGAGGACCUGCAGAAAGCCCUGCAGGAGCAGGGGGGCAAGACUGAAGACUCCAUUUUGCUGAAAAGGAAGCUGGAGGAACAUUUGCAGAAGCUUCAUGAGGCAGAUCUGGAGUUGCAGAGGAAGCGGGAGUACAUUGAGGAGCUGGAGCCACCCACUGACAGCAGCACAGCCCGGCGGAUCGAGGAGCUGCAGCAGAACCUGCAGAAGAAGGACGCGGACUUGCGGGCUAUGGAGGAGCGAUACCGCCGCUACGUGGACAAGGCCCGCAUGGUCAUGCAGACCAUGGAACCCAAGCAGCGGCCAGCUGCAGGGGCACCUCCAGAACUCCAUUCCCUGAGGACACAGCUCCGAGAACGGGAUGUCCGCAUCCGACACCUGGAGAUGGACUUUGAGAAAAGCCGAAGUCAGCGGGAGCAGGAAGAAAAGCUGCUCAUCAGUGCCUGGUAUAAUAUGGGCAUGGCCUUGCAGCAGCGAGCCGGAGAAGAGCGGGCGCCUGCCCAUGCCCAGUCAUUCCUGGCACAGCAGCGGCUGGCAACCAAUGCUCGCCGUGGAACCCUGGGACGCCUGGCAUCUCUGAACCUUCGCCCCACUGACAAGCACUGACAGACCUCACAAUCAAGCCAGCCUGGGCUCCACCCACCCUGGCUUCCUCCAACUCACGUGGCGCCCAGCACUGGGCUUCAGCCAGCUGCUCGAGAGCUUUGAGGCCAUGAUCUCUGCUCUUCCCUCUCCCAGAUUGGUGGGGAGGGAGGGCGGGAGGUAGGUAUAGGCCUGUUCUUUUUAGCAAUGUGAUUCUUAUCGUUGAUUCUCUCUCUGGAGUUCAUGUGCUGCCUGGGGAGACUCUGAUUUUAUAUUUGAGAGAAAUAAAGGCAUUCAAUCUGC